AUGGGCUGGAGCGGCUGCGACACGUCCUGCGUCACCACGGCCGUCUACGAGUCCGGCUGCGACGCCGAGUGCGGGUCCUGCUCGAGCUGCCCCGAGUGCGACCCGGGCACGUACCAGCCCUACGCGGGCCAGGCGACGUGCUACUCGUGCCCGGCGGGCUCCUACGGCCCGUCCAUCGGCCUGACGAGCUGCACGAGCUGCGAGGUCGGCCGCUACGCGGUCAACGACGGCUCGUGCUCGUGCACGGCCUGCGAGCCGGGCACCUACAGCGGGUCCACGGGCGGCGUCGUCUGCGCGUCCUGCGCCGCGGGCACCUACCAGACGGACUUCGAGGCGAGCGCGUGCGACGACUGCCCCGCGGGCUACUACUGCCCGGAGCGCGCGGAGUCGGCGCUCCCGUGCGAGGCCGGCACCUUCGCGGCGAGCGCGAACAGCGCGGCCUGCGAGGCCUGCCCCGACGGCUCCUAC